ACAGCCGCCUACGAAGCGGGUGGCUGAGUCCGGCUGCGCCAAGCCAAGAUGGCGGGUCCCCGGCGACCGGGACUCGCAGAGGCUGCCGCGUCGCUCAGGGGACUCGGAUAGCGGGGACUCCUUGGCCCCAGGCGUGCCAUGGCCUUCUCGGCAGCCGGCUUCGCCGUGCUCCUGCUGCUCGCCCUGUUGAACGUCGGAUGUCGGGGUAAUCCGGACGCCAAGCGGCUCUACGACGACCUGAUGAGCAGCUACAACAGAUUAAUCCGACCCGUGAGCAACAAUUCGGACCGGCUCACCGUCAAGAUGGGGCUCAAGCUGUCACAGCUCAUCGACGUGAACAUCAAGAACCAGAUUAUGACGACGAAUGUCUGGGUUAACCAAGAAUGGUCCGACCACAAGCUCAAGUGGGAUCCGCAGGAGUACGGCGGCGUAACCGAACUGUACGUGCCUGCCGAGCAAAUCUGGUUGCCUGACAUUGUCCUCUACAACAAUGCGGACGGCAACUACGAGGUCACCAUCAUGACCAAGGCGAUCAUCCACGAAGAUGGCCGCGUGGUCUGGAACCCUCCAGCCAUCUACAAGAGUUCGUGUCAAAUCGACGUACAGUACUUCCCUUUCGACAAGCAAGACUGCUUCAUGAAGUUCGGUUCCUGGACCUACGAUGGUCAUCAGGUCGAUCUGAAGCACCUGAACGAGAUCCAGGGCACCAACAUCGUGCCCGUGGGCAUUGACCUGUCCGAGUUCUACCUGAGCGUCGAAUGGGACAUUAUGGCCGUGCCGGCCAUGCGCAGAGAGAAAUUCUACUCGUGCUGCGAGCAGCCAUACCCGGACAUCACCUUCAACAUCACGCUGCGACGCAAGACGCUCUUCUACACGGUAAACCUGAUCAUCCCCUGCGUGGGAAUCUCGUGCCUCUCCGUGCUCGUCUUCUACCUCCCUUCAGACUCGGGCGAGAAGGUGUCUCUGUCCAUUUCCAUCAUGCUGUCGCUGACUUUCUUUUUCCUCGUGCUGGCCGAGAUUAUCCCGCCCACGUCUUUGGCGAUGCCUCUGCUGGGCAAGUAUCUCGUCUUCACCAUGAUCCUUGUCACCGUGUCCGUCCUGGUGACCAUCGCCGUGCUCAACGUGCACUUCCGGUCUCCGUCGACGCACCGCAUGGCGCCCUGGGUGCGCCGCCUCUUCGUGCACCUGAUGCCCAGGCUGCUGCUCAUGAGGCCGCCCCAGUACCGCAUCGAGACCGACGAGUCGUCAGCGGCCAAGCCCCCACAGGGCGGGGGCUCGCACGGGGCCCUGCACGACGACCCGCUGUUGCUGCCGGAGCCGCUGCUGGUCGCCCGCCCGCACGGCCUGCACCAGGCGGCCGAGCCCGCGGGGGACCAGCCGUCAAGGGAUUUGGAGCGCGCCAUCCACAACGCCAUGUUCAUCGCGCAGCACAUCGAUAACAACGACGAUUUCGAAAGCAUCCGUGAGGACUGGAAGUACGUGGCCAUGGUUUUGGACCGGCUUUUCCUCUGGCUCUUCACGCUCGCCUGCGUCGUCGGAACGGCGGGUAUCUUCCUGCAGGCCCCGUCGCUCUACGACCAGACAGACCCCAUCGACGUCAAGUUCUCCCAAGUGGCCCGCCGAAUGCGCAUCGACUACCCCUGGACGGACGUCUGAAACACGCUCUCUUCCGAGGACCCCGCCGCACGCACGCUCUAUAUACGGCCGCCUGGCGAUAAAGUUCCCGCAGAUUACGGCUCGUGAAUAGCCGUGGUGGGCGGGGUACGAAUCGACCUUCUGUAUAUGUCCGUAGGCCCACCCAUCUGCGCACCAAGAAAGCCUGCAAGCUGGCCUAAAAGGGUAAAGUCGGAAAGCCGCAGUCAGAUCGCGCGUAAGCAUCAUACAAAAUUUGACAAAGUAUUUGUUGUAGAUAUGACAUGAUCGAAUUGCCCGCUGACGCGUCUCAACCGUCUUAGAAGCACGACUUUUGCUUUAUACGUACGUAAGCUUCGAAGAUGUCUGCGGGCAGUUUUUUGUAUGACCAAUGUUACAGUCAUACACGGAAGACACACGUAUCAGACAUUGUCUGCAAAGUGUCUUUUGUAUUAGCGGAUGUGACUGCAACUUUAAAGAGCGACUGGACAGGAGUUGCGGUUCCUCGUGCCUCUUGUACGCGGGGCCGCCAACUGUGUUUCACAUGAUACUAUUUUAGGUAUUGUACGUGAGAGUCACUGAGAGCUUAAGGAACGCACGGCGUGGUUAACGAUACGUUCACGCUUCCCGCUUCAUAAUUGGUUGCCUGCAGCGUUCAUAUCAGCUCGUGCCGCACUCUCAUUGGCUGCAAAGCUCCUGAAUAAGAUUCUCGGGACUUGCCACACCUCGCGCUUCUUAAGUUUUCGGUGACCAUGGGAGCUUCUGGGAUAUGUGCGCAUUCGAGGCGGGGGUAUAGGUUCGAGUAUAUACAUCGCAUUUGCUGCCGCGCACUGUUUUGGUGUCACGCCAAAUUGCAGGCCUUUUUUUUUUUUUUUUUGCACGGAAGGUUAGGUUAUACAGCGCGCACGUUGAAUCAUGACGCAUAUAAUGCUGACCGCUAGACAUGCGCAACUUCUGAAUCUGUUUUGUACACAUGUGUUCCCCAAGCAGUAUUUGGAUGCGGAGUUCUUAACCCCGUUUGCUCAAGCGGCACCAGUAGCACUAUUGCUCGCUUUGCCGUCGGCAGCCGAUGGGAACUUAAAGAGGCUAAGGCUCGACAUCUGUGGAUACGGCAACCGAUGCUGCAUAUUUAGACGAACGAGUGUCCAGGUCGGCAUGAUAGUGCUGUCGUUAAAAGCGAGCAAUAAAAAAGUAUCAGUCGUAGACCACGUUGGAUCAAUACGAACUUCAUUUCUGCUGGA